UAGAAACUCUCGAAGUAUAUAGAGACGGAGGGAGUAUGACUAACGAGUAGAAACUAGAAAGCCGACAAGGAAGAGAGAAAUCAAUCGUCCUCAAAUAAAGGAAAUACUUAGUGUUGGAAUUGAAGAGAAGAGAGGAAGAUGAAGCAAGUGCCAGCUGAAUACUUGGCGGAGAUGGAGGAGCAUGGGUCGACAAUGGCGAUGGAUGUUGACGACGUUGACCCUCUCGAGGUUUUCGGCGAAGGAUUAAUGACUCCUGACAACAACAAGCUCGCUGAUGCUGAUUUCUUCAACUCUUUCCCCGAUGAUUUUGACGACGACGAUAUCAAUUAAUCCUUUUUUCCUUUCUCUCUCCUAGGGUUUUGUCAAAUCAACUCUCUAAUGUCUUUCUUUCAACUUCUAAUUACCAAUUACUAGUUUCAUUUUGCCUCUCUCCUUUGUUCAUUCAAUAUGAUAGUAGUUGCUUGGACAAUUUAUGGAUAAUUAAAUGAUAUAUAUAUAUACUAUGAACUUUUUCUGCUA